AUUUUUUGUUGGCAUACGUCAUACAUAGUGUUAAAGAAGAGUAUACAAUAUACAUGAGUUACGGAAAUUUGAGGAGGGACUUUUAGCACGAGAGGUUUUAGUACCACAUUAAUAGUCCCAAAAAUUUUUGGGUCGGUAGGCCUAGUUCUGAAACGAUGGCGACGGAAGGUGAGGAAUGUGAACUCCAACAACUGGUUCCGUCGGAUGAUGACUCCAGAAUGAUGAGCAAGUCUGGUGAAGUGACACCACCAGUAACUGCUGGUGUGAGUAAAGUGACUCAAACCUCUCCCACUUCCCCUGACAGUAACAAGGUGUCAUCAAGUGCAGGAAGUGUGCGAGGAGCUCAGAGCCAAGGGUCAGGGGGCUCACGCAAUCCGAAUAGAAUGUCAGCAGCUCCUAUUUUGGGAACAUCAGCAAUUACAUCACCUGCAGGAUCUGUUACUGGAAGUCAGCAUACAAAAUUUCUUUAUGUGAAUGAGAGAUUGCCUUGCGCAUCUUCACUCAUGCUGGACAAUUCACCCUCUUCACGUGAACCAAGGCUGAAUCCAGUAGCAGCACGACUACACAAAACCAAGAAAGGUACAAAGUUUAGACAGCAGCAGUCUGGCAUAGACAUGGGUGCAGGUCGGCGCUCGUGUCAACACCACUCUUUUCUCUCAGAUGUAACAGAUGUUCGACGUAUGGAGGCAGCUCUACUACACCUUCUUGAAGACUUCCAUUCUGGCAAACUGCGGGCUUUUGGUAAAGACUGCAGUAUGGAACAGAUGACAGGGAUCCGCGAGCAACAAGAGCGAUUGGCAAGGCUGCACUUUGACUUAGGAGCGCAACAGGAACUGUAUGAUCCUCUCAGUGAUGAAGGUUUACAUGCUGGCCAGGAGAACAUGCAUCGCCUUAUGGAGAGUCUAGAGCAGCUCAGUGUAUCUAUUGAGAGAUUACAUUCCUUCUCCAGUGACAGCCGAGAUAGCAGUUUAUUACAAGAUUAACAUCACCUGUACUCUAGAAUAAGAAAUUGUGCUGAGGCUUUCUGUGGUGCUGUGGAGGAGUGAUAACUGUGAUCUUUUCCAUGAAAAAAAUUGUUAUAAUAAGGAAUAUAUGAACUGUUCAAAUUCUGAACUAUUUGUGAAUGCCUGAGCUCACAUUUAAAUAUGUCACUACAGAUAAAUUUGGUUCAUACUGGAUGAUAUGACUAGUACUUGUCUUGGACCCCCCAAUUUGUACUUCAGAUAUGAGAUGUUCAUGUGUUUAGUAUUGUGAUACAAUCCUUUCAGUGUUAUAAUCUAAUGGAACAGGCCUCAACACUGCAUUAUUGUCUGAAUAAAAUGACCACUUGUAAUUAUUUUGUAUACUAGAUACCUAUAAAGAAGGGAAAUAAAGAAAGCAAUGCCAAGAGCCUA